AUGCCGCGAGAGAUCGUGACGAUACAGAUAGGUCAGUGUGGCAACCAAGUUGGCACAGAGUUUUGGAACCAGUUAUGCACUGAGCAUGGGAUAUCAAUGGAUGGCACGUGUCGCAUCGAUGGGGCCUCUGUAAAUAUGUUCUCCGAUCGGAAGGAUGUUUUCUUCUACCAAGCAGAUGAUGAACAUUAUGUACCAAGAGCGCUGUUACUUGAUCUUGAACCGCGUGUCAUCAACUCUAUUCAAACUUCAACACAGCGUUCUCUAUUCAAUACUGAAAACUUUUUUACAUCUGCACACGGGGGGGGUGCGGGAAAUAAUUGGGCAAACGGGUACACGCAAGCUGAGGCUGUUCAUGAGGAGUUAAUGGAAAUGAUCGAUCGAGAGGUCGACGGUAGCGAUAGUCUUGCGGGUUUUGUUAUUUGCCACUCGAUAGCUGGCGGGACUGGGUCUGGUAUGGGAUCAUAUCUAUUGGAGGCUUUGAGCGAUCGGUAUGGGAAAAAACUUCUGCAAACGUACAGUGUUUUCCCAAAUCAAAGCGAGUCAAGUGAUGUCGUUGUACAGCCGUAUAACUCUCUCUUGACUCUGAAACGUCUAACAAACCACGCGGAUUGUGUAGUUGUUUUAGAUAACGCGGCUUUGAAUCGAAUCGCAAUGGACCACCUCCAUGUUGCCUCGCCUGAUUUCUCCCAUACAAACUCUCUCGUAUCGAAGGUCAUGGCAGCGAGUACCACAACUCUCAGAUAUCCUGGUUACAUGAACAACGAUCUUGUUGGUCUCAUAGCGUCCCUGAUUCCCAUUCCACGGUGCAAUUUUCUCAUGGCUGGGCUUACACCUCUCGCUGGUGUUUCCGCAACGGAAAGCAGUACACGCAAAACUUCUACCCUUGAUGUCAUGCGAAGACUCCUACAAAGCAAAAAUGUGAUGUGUUCCUCGUAUGCGGGCACAGGUGUCAAAGAGGGCAAAUUCAUAUCCAUUUUGAACAUCGUUCAAGGAAAUAUUGAACCCAUGCAGAUACACAAAAGCUUACAGCGUAUACGAGAACGGAAACUGGCAAAUUUUAUCACUUGGGCACCUGUCAACUAUCAAGUUGCUUUAGCGAGGAGUUCUCCGUAUAUCGCGAAAACGGCAAGUCUGAACGGACUCAUGCUCGCAAAUCACACAAGCAUACGUCACUGGUUCUCACGAAGUUUGGAGCAGUACGAUAAGCUAAUAAGGCGUCGGGCAUUCCUCGAUCAGUAUGAACAGUUUGAUUUAUUUUCGGACUUGGGAGAAUUUGCUGAUAGUCAGGAAGCCGUUGAGAAUCUCGUGGAGGAGUACAGGGUGUGCGAAGCAGGACCAAGUCGAGAUUAA